CCACAGAGAAUGCAAAUGGCCAGUGGAGAUGCUCGUACGGAUCAAGCACACCUGUUGGAGUUGAAGAAGGCGCACGUUCGUGAUCUGGGCGGAAUCUUGAAGGCAAUAUCGUUUUGUGAGUUCAUAUUUCAGAGCGGUACAUUUCAAGCGACACCUCAAGGGAUGCGCAUCAUUGUGGACGACAACCACUGUGAGCAAGCGAUCGCUUAUCUUUCAAACGAUUUAUUUUCGUGCUUCAACUUACGUGAGCAGACUGUACUUUUCCGAGUGCCACUAAAUGUGAUCAAUGAAUGCAUAGGAAUGCAUACGGGCUCGGGUGCAACGUUAAAGAUGACGUAUGAUGGAUUUGGUGAACCACUGAAGUUAAUUCUUGAGGAAGAUGGCAUUGUUGUUGAUAUGAGUGUACAGACUCUAGACACUCAAGAAGUAAGGUUUCUUCGGUCGUUUUUUUCAGUGCCUAAGAUAUUCUUCGCAAUUCAAGGUACUCGAUUUUGA